ACGAGUUACUCAAGCGCAUAGAGAAGUUCAUAAUAAAGGCCACCAGUUUAAACCAAGGAGGUGUCAAAGAUAGAGAGCUGCUGGUACCUCCUCCAUCGCAAGUUCCAUUACCAAAUAAUAUCAACCCCGAACAUUUUCAUAGAGAAUUUAACCUUCUCCUCCAAGACAUUAUCCGGUUGAACAACGAGCUUAAACCCUUUGAAGCAUCUAAUUUCAGCAAAACCCAUUUACGAGAUAGAAACGAUGUCGUGAGUCGAAUUAACGAGCUCGAUGAGAUGAUCAUGAGAGAUUCCAAAACCGAGUUCACCUUGAAAGUUCCGUUCUACCACCAAAAUGCCCUUGAGCUCCGGAACAUUCUAAGCGAAGAGACAUUCAAGCAAGCCAGGUUCAUCCGCAAGAACUUUAAACCUGAUCUUACCCCAAACCCCAAAUAUAUUAAUCUAUUCAAAGACCCAUUUGAACCGGCUGAAGACAACGAUAUUCUGUAUUUCUUCUUGGAGGAGUUUGGCAUCAAGUUGAAGCUGGCCGAAGUGUACCAGCAGCUUCCGUCGAUGGAAAAGGAGAUCACACCUCCCAAAGAAGUGAUUGUUGAGCUGAUGGUUGAAGUGUCUGACAACUUCGAUCCUUUGGGUUUGGGCUUCAGUUUAGGAGGAAUUGGCAGCCUAGAAGAGGAGAAAGACGUAAAAAAUGAGGAAGAAGAUAUCAAAGAAGAUGCACCCAUCAGUGUAGAAGAGACAGAUGUACUGUUCACUCUCACAGACAACGAGAUAACGACCCAGAAAUCACAGGUCAUAGACCUAACCUCAGAUCCACAAAAUAUCACUCAGUCCUCUGAGCCAUCUGAGUCUGAACUGGUGUCUAAACGGUCUGCUGAUUCAUCCUCACAGGCCUCUAAAAAGGUGAGAUUCAACGUUUAAAUAAGUCAUGUUUAUUAAUGCAUACAAAGGACACUGUCCGCCUAGAUACUUCCAGACUUCUUCAAGUGCAACAAGGUGGUCAAAAAUGGGAAGGAAAAGAAAAAACCCAAGGUUCCCCAAUAGUACACCGACAAUGGGAUGAUCUUUCUCUUAAUGGUGAAAGGGAUGUUGGAGUAGACACCUUCCUUUGGGUGACCGAACACAGAGCUCAAGCGCUUGGACGAGCUCUGGAAGUUUCUGACCAUCAUUCUGUUGUUGAUAGCCAACUUUUGGCUAAGUAAUCUAUUCAUCAUACUAAGUGUGUUGUGGUAUUAGUGAAAACCUUGAGUU